AUGGCUCCUGCUAUCGUCGUCGACAAGGCUGGCGCCAGCCCAGCUCCCUCGCAGGAAGAUGUCAGCGCCUUCGUCGACAGCAUCGUCACGGCAAAGACGUCGCACGCUUCGGUCGAUGCCGCCUACGCCCUCACCACCCUCCUCCAGAACUCAGUUGGCUUCCGCGGCCUUCGUGGUUAUGGCAUAAUCGACGACAUCAAGAAACACGCCGGCAACAAGAAGGAUGCCGUGCGAAGAGAGGGCGCCAUGAACGCCCUCGGCGCCCUUUUUGAGCGCCUCCCGCGCACGCAGCGCAUCACAGAGGCCAUCUUUCUUGUUCAGGAAGAGGGUCUGGUACCCCUGGCGCUCGACCUGAUGGCAGACAAGACUGGCGCCGUCAAGGAGUCGGCCAAGUAUGCGCUCGACUCGCUCUUUGACAACCUGAGCGCUGAGGCCAAGGUCGUCGGCCUACUCCCUGUGCUCUCAAAAUACCUAGGCAAGAAGUCUGGAAAGUGGCAAGGUGCUGCUUUCGCAUAUGAGCUCAUCGGACGCAUGGCUGACAAGGCCAAGAUGGGCAUGGAGAGCUUUGAGAUAGAGAAGGAAAAAGACGUUCUGCGUGAGGCCAUGGGCAAGAAGCUCGAGGGCCUCAUCCCCAUCGUCGAGUCUGGAAUGCACGACCUCAAGGCAGAGGUUGCAAAACAAGCAGUCAAGACUAUGAACAGUCUCACCACCCUCCUCCAGAACGACGACAUCGCACCCCGGAUACCCCUCCUUGUCAAGGCUAUCGAAGAUCCCUCGACCCAGAGUCUGCAAAAGGCCAUCCAUGCCCUCUCGCAAACGACCUUUGUCGCCGUCGUCACGUCCCCCGUGUUGGCCAUGGUCACUCCUCUGCUUGAGCGCUCCUUGAACAUGCCCUCGACCUCCCAGGAAGUCACUCGCCAGACAGUUGUCGUUGUCGAAAACUUGACCAAGCUCGUUCACGACCCUAUCGAGGCACGCACUUUCCUUCCCAAGCUUCGCCCCGGUGUGCAAGCUGUCAAGGACCGCGCAUCCUUGCCCGAAGUCCGUGAAAUUGGACAGCGUGCAUUAGAUGUCAUCGAGAAGGCCAUGGGCGACCCUGCACACAGCACUGAGAGCGGUGCCAUUGCCCGCGUCCUGUCGUCAGAUGUUCAGCAGGUUCUGGACAAGGAGAUUGCUGCCGCUGGCACUAUGCUCAACUUCCCCGGUGACGCCGAGACCUGGAACGUCACAAAGGCCUACAUCUCUGAGAUGAUUGCCGAGGUCGUGAACCAGAGAGAGCUCCAGCGCAUCCCCAAGCUCGUCGCACCCUACCUGGAGCCCCUGGUGAACGCUGGCGAUGCCGACAAGGUCGCAGAGGCUGUCCACAAAUUUUAUGUUGACGAGGACCACCGCAAAUUCGGCCAACCCGUCAAAGAGGAUGACGGAGAGACCGAGAUCGUCAAUGCCGUCUUCUCUCUGGGUUAUGGUGGUAUGUUGCUUCUUUCGCACACCAACCUGCGUCUGCUCAAGGGCCACCGUUAUGGUCUUUGCGGUCGCAACGGUGCUGGAAAGUCUACGCUCAUGCGAAGUAUCGCAAGCGGCAAGUUGGAAGGUUUCCCAUCUCAGGAUGAAGUCAAGACCUGCUUUGUUGAGCACAACCAGGGCGAAGAUGCCGAUCUUUCUAUUCUGGAAUACAUUGUCCGCGACCCCCGCUUCGCGAACGAGAGCAGGGAGCGCAUCUCUGAAGUCCUGGAAGAAGUCGGUUUUACCUCUGGACCUGAAGGCAGACAAUCGCACAAAGUCGGAUCUCUUUCCGGAGGUUGGAAGAUGAAGCUGGCCUUGGCCCGUGCUAUGCUCAUGCGUGCAGACGUUCUUCUUCUUGAUGAGCCUACUAACCACUUGGAUGUCGCCAACGUUGCGUGGCUUGCAAAGUACCUCAAGUCGCACACUGACAUUACCAGUUUGAUCGUCUCCCACGAUUCUGGUUUCCUUGACGAAGUCUGCACAGACAUUUACCACUACGAAAACAAGAAGCUGGUAUGCUACAAGGGUAACCUGGCUGACUUUGUUCGACAAAAGCCCGAGGCCAAGAGCUACUACACCCUGUCGGCUACCCAGGUCCAGUUCAAGUUCCCUCCUCCUGGUAUCCUUACUGGUGUCAAGUCCAACACUCGCUCUAUUCUGCGCAUGACCAACUGCUCGUACACGUAUCCUGGAGCGUCCAAGCCUUCGCUCGUCGAUGCUUCAUGCAACUUGUCUCUGUCAUCUCGGGUGGCUAUUAUUGGUGCCAACGGUGCUGGUAAAUCUACGCUCAUCAAGAUGCUUACUGGAGAGACUAUUCCUCAGGAAGGUACCGUCGAGAAGCACCCUAACUUACGUAUUGGUUACAUCAAGCAACACGCUCUUGAGCACGUCGAGAUGCACUUGGAAAAGACACCCAAUCAGUACCUCCAGUGGCGUUAUGCCAACGGUGAUGACCGUGAGGUGCUCAUGAAGCAGACUCGUGUCCUCACUGCCGAAGACAAGGCUCAGAUGGAGACUCCAAUUGACCUUGGUGACGGUAGGGGCCCCCGCAAGAUCGAGGCGCUUAUUGGUCGUUCCAAGUACAAGAAGACAUUCCAGUACGAAGUCAAGUGGCUCCACAUGCUGCCCAAGUUCAACUCGCACAUCUCCCGUGAGACUUUGAUUGAGAAGGGCUUUACCAAGCUCGUCCAGGAAUUCGAUGACCACGAGUCUUCGCGUGAGGGUCUCGGUUACCGUGUCCUCGAGCCCAAGGUCAUCUCUAAGCACUUUGAGGAUCUUGGCUUGGACCCUGAGAUUGCGAACCACAACGAGAUUUCCGGUCUCUCUGGAGGACAAAAGGUCAAGGUUGUGCUCGCUGGUGCCAUGUGGAACAACCCCCAUCUUCUCGUCCUUGAUGAGCCUACCAACUUCUUGGAUCGUGACUCCCUUGGUGGACUUGCUGUUGCCAUUCGUGAUUACAAGGGUGGUGUCAUCAUGAUUUCUCACAACGAAGAGUUUGUUGGUGCGCUGUGCCCUGAGCAAUGGCAUGUUGCCGAUGGCCGCGUCACCCACAAGGGCCACCUUGCCGUUAACAUGGACCGUUUCGAAGACUCGCGCCCAGGAUCCAGCAACGUUAGCAGUAAUGUGAGCUCCGCAGCUCCAUCUACCAACGGUACUCCUGUCAUGAGUGAAGCCGAGGGUGGCAAGGACGACAUGAAGUUCAGGGCCAGGAAGAAGAAGAAGAUGACCAAGAAGGAACUCAAGGAACGUGAAGUUAGGAGAAGAUUGAGGUACAUUGACUGGCUGAAUAGCCCCAAGGGCACACCCCAACCUCCCAACACGGAUGAUGAGGCCGAAUAGAUGCGUUUAUGACUUUUUUUUUGGUUUUACAACCGCACGAUAUCUUAGACUUUGCAGAACUGCAUGACCUGGCGUUACAUAGAGGUUUGGAGGGAUGAGUGCGUUUAUUUUCACGCCGAGCGAUAGACAAUAGUUUCUUUCGUUUGGUAGACUUGAUACAUGACCAAAAGUAUUCUUUAUCGUUA